GGCACCUGUUACCAUCCCAUUUGUCCUGCAGAGCUUGGUUUAGAGGCCGUUGCUUCCUUUCAGUCUUUCCCUGGCUUCCUGAGGAAAGCAAGAUUUCUCUACUUCUGUAUUCUGUAGCACUUUGUACUUCUUAGAUGCUUUCUCUUGGCCUCGUGUUCUAAUCAUCUCUGUGUUUGUCUCCCCAGUCUCCUAAAGAGUAAACUCCUGGCCGGUAAUUAACCUUAUCUUCCUUCCGGGCUGGCCUUGGUGGAGCCUCCCUGGUAAAUGUUUACUGAAUUUUGUGGAGCGUGGACACAGAUAUGGAGGUUGCAAGUUACUGGUGGCCCUUUGCUUAGAAUCUUUGGGGUGAAGAGUUUCCAGUCUCCUAGCGCGUUGGUGUUGUGCUGCUUCCACAUCUGGAAUAACCAAGUGCUGGGAAUUGGAAGUGGUUCUACAAUUGUCCAUGCUGUGCAGCGAAUAGCUGAAAGAGUGAAACAGGAGAAUCUGAACCUUGUCUGCAUCCCCACUUCCUUCCAGGCCCGGCAGCUCAUCCUGCAGUAUGGCUUAACCCUCAGUGACCUGGAUCGACACCCAGAGAUUGACCUCGCCAUCGAUGGUGCUGAUGAAGUAGAUGCUGAUCUCAAUCUCAUCAAGGGUGGUGGAGGCUGUUUGACGCAGGAGAAGAUCGUGGCAGGGUAUGCCAGUCACUUCAUCGUGAUCGCUGACUUCAGGAAAGACUCAAAGAAUCUUGGAGAUCAGUGGCAUAAGGGAAUCCCCAUCGAGGUCAUCCCAAUGGCUUACGUCCCAGUGAGCCGAGCAGUGACCCGGAAGUUUGGGGGCGAGGUUCAGCUUCGAAUGGCUGUGCACAAGGCGGGUCCUGUGGUGACAGAUAAUGGGAAUUUUAUCCUGGACUGGAAGUUUGACCGUGCACACAAAUGGAGUGAAGUGAACAUUGCUAUCAAGAUGAUCCCAGGUGUGGUGGACACAGGCCUGUUCAUCAACAUGGCGGAGAGAGUCUACUUCGGGAUGCAGGAUGGCUCCGUGACCGUGCGGGAGAAGCCCUUCUGCUGACCCCACGAGGAGCAGAUGUGUUCACCUUGGUCUCCAGCCCACAGCCAGGGUGGCCGUGCCUGUCCAGGAGCCUUUGCCUUAAUGUAUGGGGGGUGGGGGUGGGGUCUAAGCCCAGUCGUCUGCAGUAUUGUUACUAUGUGUCUUUUUAAACAGAGAAAUUUAAAGAUAUAUAUAUAUAUAUUUUUACUAUGAAAAAUAUUCAGUUUUUUAUAAAGUAGAACUUGAUUUCAUGUUUUAUAUGAAACAUUUACCAAAAAAUAAAUAAAUAAAAAAGAAUAGGGCAAGAAGGGGGAGACUGUCUUUAAAACCUUUGACUUGAGCCUGCUGGGUUUGCUGAGAAAUGAAUAUCAGAGCUUUUUUUGAAGCCGGUCACAUGAAGGACCUGGACAGCAGUGAUCUCCUGAUGCCUUACAGCAUGCUUGGUUUACUUUUCUGCCACUCUCUGUGUGUUUUUAGUUCGUUCUCAUUGUAAUCACGCACAAUGCAGUUACUUCUGAAGAUGAGGUUUACAAAGUCCGCUGAGUGGAACAGUGUGACGUUUGGUGACUUGGGAUUGGAAUGUAAACUCCCGGGGCAAAUGCGGUGGCACCUUCGCUAAGAUCAGGGCUUUGUUCAGACCCCUGUUGUUGGAAGCAGUUGGCCGGAAAUACUUGCCAGUGCUGCCAGGGCACUGCUGUGAAAUGUGAAAUAGUUGUUUUUUUUAAAAUCAUUUUCUUUUUGUUGUUACUUAUUUUUCUGUUGCUUUAUUAUUACUGGCAUGGUUUGGCAUCAGAUGUCAUCACCUCUUUAUGUUCUUUGAAGGUUGGAAUAAACAGUGUGGUGCCAUUUUGA